AUGGCAACUUUCAUGCCAGAGGUAAUUGAAAGGCAACCAACCUCCCUUCUUUUUUCCCCCCAGGACCCCGAUAUUUCCAUUACAGACAAUGUGCUCCAUUUUAAAGCUCAUGGCCACGGUGCAAAGGGGGAUAAUAUUUACGCAUUCCAGAUUGAGUUCCUGGAACCAGUCAAACCCCAGCCGGUGUGGAAGGUGACCCAGCGGCAGCUGACCAUCACCGUGAAGAAGAAGGAGAGCCACUGGUGGGAACGGCUGACCAAGCAGGAGAAACGCCCGGUGUUUCUUGCUCCGGAUUUCGAUCGCUGGCUGGACGAGUCGGAUGCCGAGUUGGAACUGAGGGCCAAGGAAGAAGAACGGAUAAACAAAAUCAAUGUAAAGAACAGAAUCCCCAAAGAUCCUUUCCGACACCUGAAGAGAGGAUAUUUGUUCGUGUACAACCUUGUGCAGUUCCUGGGCUUUUCAUGGAUCUUUGUGAACAUGACAGUUCGGCUAUUCAUGCUGGGGAAAGACUCCUUCUCGGAUACUUUCCACAUGAGUGGGGACAUGAUGUACUUCUGCCAGAUGUUUGCCUUCAUGGAGAUUGUCAAUGCCUUAAUAGGUCUCGUGAGAGCUCCUUUGACUCCGGUUUGUUUCCAGGUCCUUGGGAGGAAUUUUGUAUUGUUCGUAGUUCUUGGAAGCGCAGAAGAAAUGCAAAGCAAAGCGGUGGUCUUCUUUAUCUUCUACAUUUGGAGCAUGGUUGAGAUCUUCAGGUAUCCAUACUACAUGCUUUCCUGCAUUGAUAUUGAGUGGAAAAUCCUCACCUGGCUUCGAUACACCAUCUGGAUGCCUCUCUAUCCUCUGGGGAUCUUAGCAGAAGGUAUGCAGGAAAGAUGUGGGUGAAUCCUCUUGGCUACG